AUCCGAGUUGCAGGUGAUCAUAAAUCGUAUUUGUUCAAAUGUUUAUUUACAAUGCAAGGUAAACUGUCACUGACAUCACCGUGAGGCGUCAUCUGAGGAGAAGGGGCAGGAUGUCGUCGAUGACCACAGAAGAAGCCGUCACUGGUGAUGUACCGAACGGUGCAGGGACAGCCCACGAUGACACCACAAGGAACACUGGACAGUAUGUAGUCGAGGUGACAUUGGGCACCUCCGAGCAACCUCAUCAGGACAGUGUCGAUCAGUCUGCUGUGGAGAACGCUCCCAGCAAGCCAGUGUUUGGUGAGGAUGGGACUAAAGGUCAAGGUAUUGCCGACCAAGGAACCAGGGAAGGUACUGUAAUGGACACAGCAGGUGCUCUUGAGGGUGACAAAUCAAAUGUAAUCAGUGAUGACACAUCUGAUUCUGGUGACUCGAAGGGGAUGUCUCCUGUUGUUGUACCAGCUGUGGAAGACACUGGCGCUGUUCUGGAGAACAAUCUGCCUACACUAAAUGACUCUUCUCAGGAACAUACAAAAAACAGUUCUGAAAGCAUCCCUGUGUCGAAUCGCUCAGGGGGAGCUAAAGAAAGUAUGCCUAUGUCUAAUGACUCGAGGACAAUGGUGGCUGGUGACUCUGCACAAAGGGCACCUGAUGAAAGAAGACACGAUGAAAGUCAAGUAGAUGGUACACCGUACAGAAGAAAGACACCUACGUCUGCUAGCUACCCAACCAUGUCAACAGUACCUCCGAGUCGUCUGCCAUUGAUACGGUCAGCGCAUGCGCACAUUCAGAGCCUACAAGCUCCAAACGCGCCGAGAGGAUUCGAACACAAGCAGGUGAUACGGAGUCGAGUACCGCCUCGAUUUAUACGGCUUGCCACUGUUACCAUGGCACCAAAAGCCAAAACAGUCAGCGCAUCGCCGAGUUUGUAUUAUGAGGAACCUCGCCGUCCAACAAAGGUGAUAACAUGGGAAGAAGCUAACAACUCCCGUCCCCCCCUAAAAGUGGACAUGGAGGGUCUCCCCUGGACCUACUCCCCACGGAACAAGCCACUGAAUGAAACAAACGCCCCAGCCUGGACGUUUGGAGCCCGGUGUUCCCCGGAGAGAGAAGGGGGAUCGAGAACGUCGUGGGCGAAGACGUGGUUUCAGACGCCCCAUGUAUGGCACACCAAGGUGGACUUCGUCAGUGACGGGACGUGGCCGACGCCAAACCUGUACAAGAAACGGUCGCUCCUCGGACCACGACAGAGGACGAUGCCGGAGUCUCCGUCAUACUCUAUGGGGAGGAAAGGCGACUUCUCCAUCAUGAAACAAGGGGCCGAGAAGGACCCGUCUCCAGGGGAGUAUGACACACAUCACGCAGACAGAGCUCUGUUCAAGCGGCACCCAGCCUAUAGCCACCAGUUCAGACGGGAGGGUACGAUACUCUGGUCAUCCGGGGAAGACACCCCAGGCCCCGGGUCGUACACCCCGACGUCCUGCACGCGGCCCCACGGCCCCAGCUUCAGCAUUCAGGGUAUACGACGUGAGAAGUCUCACGUUCUCGGACCGUAUUCGUCUUUCUGAAACCACCUACAGUAUUAACUAGGAUUCGGACAGGACGAGACAGAAACUAAACCCGAUCUGAACUCGAGUACCCGACUGGAACCUUAUAAUGCCAUACAAUGGACAUUUGUCUUUCUUGCAGCGUCAUCACAUACCAUGCGAGUUAUCUCCCCCUGAGUACAAAUGGCCGCCCGGUCUAACCGGAGACCUGGAUACUUCAAAGUGGAUGAUCCUGUCGAGAUUUAUUUACCUGAUAAACGAUACAUGUGCGCGUCCAGAGUAUUUAGUAUACUGAUCUGUGAAUUGUCAGGGUAUAGAUUAUACCUUGGGGGGCGGUAGGGUAGGGGUAGGGGUAGGGGCGUUUGUUCGUCACGCCGAAGACACGGGUUCGAUUCCCCACAUGGGCACAAUGUGUAAAGCCCACGUGUUAAUGUAAAUGUGCUAGAAUAUUGCUAAACGCGGCAUAAAACUAAACUCACUCACUUACCAGUAACAAAACACGACAGACGUCCAAAACUAUGCAUCAAGUCUCCAACAGACUCGAAGCACAGGUUCAAAAUGCGUUUUCAUACAAGUUGUCGAGCAAAAGAAAGUACUUGGGGAUGGCUAAAAAUACAACAAACAAGAAAUGUCCAUUCCAUUGGUGAUACUGAUGCUAGUUGUGUUGUUGACCCAGCAGAAAAUGGGUACCCGGUGGGAUAAGUCAUAUGACUAUAACCUUACAGCGCCUAACAGGCAGCCUUGGUUAU